GGCAAGGGAUUCAAUUUGGGAGUUGAAUGCGUGGAGCUUUUUAAGUUUCUUUGUUACACGAGAGAGCAGUUGGUAAUAACUACCCGCAAAUAAUUAAAUUAUGCCAGUCUGCAGUUUGCACUGUACUUCAACCAUGAAUAAGAACAUCCUCCAAAGUCCCGCACUUCUUAAGUAUAUCCUUGAAACGAGUGGCUAUCCAAAAGAACACGAGCAAUUGAAGCUAAUCCGAGAGAACACCUUUAAGAAGUACGAGAGAACACAGGAUCAUAUGAUGAAUGUGCCAGUGGAUGAAGCCCAGUUCAUAUCUAUUCUUCUAAAAAUCAUGAACGCGAAGAAAACACUAGAAAUUGGAGUCUUCACUGGUUAUUCUCUUCUUGCUACAGCUCUUGCUCUGCCUCCUGAUGGAAAGGUAACAGCAAUUGAUGUGGAUAGAGAAGCAUACGAGCUUGGAUUGCCCUUCAUUCAGAAGGCAGGAGUGGAGCACAAAAUUGACUUUAUCCUUGGGGAUGGAUUAUCAGCCCUCAAUGAUCUUAUUGAUGGCAAACAAGAAGAAUCAUUUGAUUAUAUAUUUGUGGACGCUGACAAGGAAGAAUACAUGAAGUAUCACGAUCUGCUGUUAAAAUUGGUGAAGAAGGGUGGGAUAAUUGCAUACGACAACACCUUAUGGUAUGGUUCAGUGGUCAUGUCUGAGGACGAUGACAUAGAUGAUAUCAUAAGGAAGAAACGAAAGCCUUUGCUUGAAUUCAAUGCUUUUAUAGCCAACGAUUCUCGCAUCGAAUCAGCUCUUCUUUCUGUUGGGGAUGGCGUAACCCUUUGUAGGUGUGUCUAACCUCUUCAGAGGGAAGAAUGAUAAAUAGUAUUAUAAUCAAUAAGGACAAUUAAAAAGAUAAAAAUUAUAAUAAAUAAAUUUAUAGUUUGUUGUCUCUGAUAUAAGAAAGAAAAAUAUAUACUAAUAAAGCAUCACUUUCAAUGU